UCAAAAUCGAACUAAGCGUGAGUGUGUGCGUGUGUGUGUGUGAGUGAGAAAGUGACGAAUUACUUUUCAUCAAAUGGGAAAUAAUUUAGUUUGAAAACACGUAUCUAUCCAAAGCAGAGCAAAAAAUUUCAGUUGUGACACAAUUUAAACUACAACACGAGCUAAUUCGGCGCAGGAAACACAACCCGAAAACACGACAACUACACCAGCGAAAUGGCGGAAGGCGGCAGCAAGCGCAUCAACGUGGUUGUAAAAACGCCAAAGGACAAGAAGACGGUCGAGGUUGACGAAGAUUCUGGAAUAAAAGACUUCAAAAUUCUGGUUGCACAAAAGUUCGAGGCAGAGCCCGAGCAGUUGGUGCUCAUUUUUGCCGGCAAAAUUAUGAAGGACACGGACACGCUUAAGAUGCACAACAUCAAGGACAACCUGACGGUGCACCUGGUGAUCAAGGCGCCCACGCGCAACAACGAGGUGCCAGCGCGCCAGCCGGCAGAUGUCCGGCAGACGCCCUUUGGCCUGAACCAGUUUGGAGGACUGGCCGGACUGGAGGCACUGGGCGCCGGGUCGAACACCUUCAUGGACCUGCAGGCGCGCAUGCAGAACGAGCUGCUCAACAACGGCGACAUGCUGCGCUCCCUGAUGGACAACCCGCUGGUGCAGCAGAUGAUGAACAACCCGGACACCAUGCGACAGCUGAUCACGUCCAAUCCGCAGAUGCAGGACCUGAUGCAGCGAAACCCCGAGAUCUCGCACAUGCUCAACAACCCGGACCUGCUGCGCCAGACGAUGGAGCUGGCCCGCAAUCCAUCGAUGCUGCAGGAGCUGAUGCGCUCGCACGACCGGGCCAUGUCCAACCUGGAGUCGGUGCCGGGCGGCUACAGUGCCCUGCAGCGCAUCUACCGCGACAUCCAGGAGCCGAUGAUGAACGCGGCCACCGAGUCCUUCGGUCGCAACCCCUUCGCCGGGCUGGUCGACGGAGGCGGCGGCUCUGGGGCCGGUAUCAAUCCGCAGCAGGGCACCGAGAACCGGAAUCCGCUGCCCAAUCCCUGGGGUGGCGGCGGCGGCGCCAAUUCGGGUACAAACGGCACGGGCAGUGGCACUGGGACGGGCAACCGGACGGGGGCUGAUCUGCCGCCGAACAAUGUCCUAAAUACGCCGGCCAUGCGGAGCCUGCUGCAGCAGAUGGCCGACAAUCCGGCCAUGAUGCAGAACCUGCUGAACGCCCCGUACACGCGCUCCAUGAUGGAGUCCAUGUCACAGGACCCGGACAUGGCCUCGCGUCUGCUCAGCAGCAGUCCGCUCCUGUCCAACAAUCCCGCUUUGCAGGAGCAGGUGCGCCAGAUGAUGCCGCAGUUCAUGGCCCAGAUGCAGAACCCCGAGGUGAUGAACAUGCUGACCAACCCGGACGCGAUGAACGCCAUCCUGCAGAUCCAGCAGGGAAUGGAGCAGCUGCGCAGCGCGGCCCCCGGUCUCGUCGGCACGCUUGGCAUUCCGCCGCCGCCGCCGGGCGCCAACUCCGGCACGGAUCCGGCCAGCGGCGAUGGCAGCGGUGGCAUCAGCGGCGGCGCCACCACCAACAAUGUCUCGCCGAGCAGCGGCCUCAACGCAGGCAAUCCCGCCGCCGGAGGCCCCAGUCUGGCUCCGGGCGGUGGUCCCAAUGCGCAGCUCUUCAACGACUUCAUGAUGCGCAUGCUCAAUGGGAUGUCCAACAACGCGGACAGCACGCAGCCGCCGGAGGUGCGCUACCAGUCGCAGCUGGAGCAGCUGGCAGCGAUGGGCUUUGCCAACCGGGAUGCCAACUUGCAGGCUCUGAUCGCCACCUUUGGGGACAUCAAUGCGGCGGUAGAGCGAUUGCUGUCCCUCAACCAGUUGUCCCUGAGUUAACAACGUUAAGCCAUUUCCAAACUGUACACAACCUGUCUAUAUAUCUACGAACUACAUAUAUAUCUACCACUAUAGCCCUGGAGAACGCGAAUGAGAACCACAGCGAGAAAACAAUGAGAAAGGGGCACAACGGGGUCCUUCUUCUAAAAACAUCAGCAUCAGACAUCGGACAUCGAACACACAAAUUGAUUGCUUAAUCCCCCAUCAAGCCGGAAAUAUCUUGAAUCCUUUAUACCCACACCAACCACACACAUCGUGAGCCACAGUAGACAGACAACUCCAAACGGCAAACGAGCAUAGGAGCAUAGGAGCCUAGAGAACGGAGAGGUAUUUGAAGAGAUAUGUCGCCGGUAAGGAAGAUAGAUAGAGAUACCAAAGUGUCGGCACUUGUGUAGUUGAUAUAAUUUUUUUUUUAAUUAUUUACUUUUCGAGAGCUUACGAGCCACCUGAGAACCCUUAAAGCGGAAAUUUCUUGAAUAUGCACAUGUGCAGCAUAUAUCUGCACUCCCACACACACACACACACACACUUUAGAAACAAAAACAUUUCACGCGUUUUACACUUUUGGCAGAGAACUUUGAUGUUUUUCAAUAAAUUGAGCCGGUUUGUGCUCCUCCUUGUCAUUAUCAAUGUAACUACAAUGUCAUAAACACAUCGUUACUGUGACUUUCAGAUGUGUGCUUGGAAGAGAAUAGCGGUGUAGAUCCGAACGAUCGGAGGUCCUAGAUAUAGACGUAGAAUCCUUGCUGGUUCCAAUCGGGUGCUAAUUUCUAGUGGUCAGUCCAUGCCGCAGACCUUCUCUUUCCGUUUCCCCUCCCUUUCUCGCAAUCCGAAAAUGUUCUGGAAAUUACACAACUGCAAAACGGGACAACCUACAGUAGAUAUCGCGUAUAUGCAAUGGCUGGAUAAGCGAUACUUUGCAUGCAAGCAUUGUGCGGUACGCUUAGACAGUUGCAUUCAAGCAAUACUAGUAGUCAGAAUGUUUAUUGAUUCAUUAAAUAUAAGAGCAAUCUCCGAGCGUUAUUUAUCCUAUCCGUUUAAAGGAAUUAAAAUGUAAAAAGUUCGUUGCACAUAGGCGUAAUUUGCACACAAGCGAUUUGCAUGUUGCCGAUAUCUACUGUACGUUCAUGUGUGUCAUGUGUAUAUAUAGGGGUAUAUAUUUAAACUUAACAAAAUAUUCCAUGGUGUUAACAAAAGACGUAAAACUAUUUGAAAUUCCUUAGUAAAAGAAAAAGAGAGAAACCCCAAAAACACUAUAAUUUGUAUUUUACUCGAAGCAUUCGCAUGCGUAUGACAGACUUUUUGGGAGCUCAGACGGAUCUUGUGGGGUCCCCAGUCCCGGUUGCAUCCGCAUCCCUCAAUCAUAUACUUUCGAAACGUUUCCUUUCGUGCGCUCACUGUCUAUAUAAAGUGUGAGAAAUCAAUGUAUACCCUGUAAGUACUAUAUAUUACCAUAUAUAUCGCGGCUCGCCGGAGUGAAGAGUAUGCAGGUGAGCCGACAUCAUCAGCAAUGGGGGAUUGGGUGGGUGGGCAGGUACUGGAGCUGGACCGAUUCAAUUCGAUUCGAUUCCAUUUCGAUUUGAAGGCGAUCGGAGCUACGUUUAUUUGUUUAGUGAAGGACGUGAAACUAAGUAAUUAAAUGUAAAUGAUCACAUGUUUUAAAACAGUAAUAAAGCUACUUUGGUUUUAGAUUAUA